AUGAGUUCCAAUUUAUCGGCGAAAGGUAAUCCUCCUUUUGGUGAAAAUUUGAAAUUUGCUUUGAAGAGUUAUUUCACUGAAUAUAAAACACCAAAAUUUGUAUUAAUACAUAGUGUACAAUAUACUGCUUUACUUCGCAGUAUUCAAAUAGUUAUUAUUGCAUAUUCUACAUUAUAUAUGCUUAUAUACCAAAAAGGUUAUCAAAAACAUGACACAACAGUGAUAUCAUCAGUCACACUUAAACUCAAAGGUAUUGGUCAAGUUGAUAUGCCACAAAAUAAGACUAUUAUUUUGGAUGUCGCAGAUUACGUUGUUCCACCAUCGGAAAACAAUGCUAUAUUUGUCAUGACCAAUUUUGUUCAAACGAAUCAAAGACGAUCGACAUGUUCUGAAAAUAUAAAACUGGAACAAGCAAUAUGUACAAGUGACAGCAUAUGUUCAAAUCAACCAUUUAUACCAACGAUGAAUGGACGGUGGACAGGUCGAUGUUUAUUUACACCAGAGACAAAUAUCGUCAAUCAGACAAGAACUGCCAUAAAGAAUCCAAAGGGUGUAUGUGAAUAUGCAGGUUGGUGUCCACCAGAAGAUACUGAGUCAUCGCCAAUGCUUGUUCAAGGAGUUCUUAACUUUACAUUAUUUAUAAAAACUUUUAUUGAAUUUCCUUUAUUUGGAGUUAAAAAUAAAAACAUGGUUGAUAAUUUGAAGCCAUGCAUUUUUGAUCCAAUUUAUAAUAAAGAUUGUCCAAUAUUUACUAUUGAUUAUAUACUAAAUCAAGCUGAAGAUGACAGUAUUGAACGUGAUUUAAUGUUACGCUAUGGUGGAGUCGUAAAUAUUAAACUUCAUUGGGAUUGUAAUUUGGAUCGAAGUGUAAAAUUAUGUAAACCUGAAUACACAUUUACUCGUCUUGAUGCACCAUUUCGUGAAAAACCAUUUUCAAUUGGUUAUAAUUUUCGUUAUACUUCAACAUGGAAACAAAACGACGAACAUUUUCGUACAUUAACAAAGGCUUAUGGUCUUCGUUUUAUAAUUAGUACUAGUGGUAAUGCUGGAAAAUUUAACUUUAUUACGUUAACUUUAAAUAUUGGUUCAUUAAUUGGAAUAUUUGGUAUAGCGACAUUUGUUUGUGAUGUUAUUAUAUUUCGUUUAUCAAAACGGGCAGGUGUUAAUCGUAAUUUCGUCUUUGAAAAAGUUCACUGGAAAAAAGGUUUUAAUGCAACGCUAGAUCAAUCAAAACUUCGUAUUGAAAGAAAUGAGGAUCAAUUAUUAAAUGACGUACCAAAUGUGGAUAAAUAA